AUGCUGUCAACAAAUGAUCUGUUCGCAAGUCGUUUUCUCGGUGCCCAAAGAACGCCAGCACUACCCACUUGCCUGUCACCUUCGGACGAUAAAUCUCCGCCGUUGAUAUCACCGACAGCACAUCACUCGUCCGGCGAUAUCUUCGCGAAAACGGCCGAUUAUGCUGCAGCAAUACAGUUGAUGCAGCUGCAAGUGCUCUGUCAACCGAACUUUCUCAACGCUUUCGUCGCACAACUUGCUCAAUUCGAAGCGCUUAAUAAUCUUUAUAAGGAGCAAACGUCCAAAGAAGUUGUCUUCGAUGUGGUACGAGAGCGAAAACGCGCAUCUUCGCGCAACAGUGAUGAUAGCAGCAGCUAUAUGAAAAGGAGUAAGACGUUGAAGCGAUUGACUGCUGAUAAAGAUACGAGCUCACCGGUCUCCGGAAUGUUUAUCAAGGUACAUUCUAGCAAUUCAAUUAUUUCACCUGAACGACCUUAUGAACUUGCACUGACUAUUGAGUUGAAAGUAUCAAUCUCUUAG